CUCAACAUUAUGUCAUACAAAGAAAUGACAUUUAACCAGCUUUGUGGUCAACCUUCUAGUUUUUAGCACAGAGGUUAUUCAAAGCUUCACAGCAAUGGUGCUUUCAUCUCUACCUCCAUUACUAUUAUUAUCAGCUCUUUUGUUCUCUAUGUUGCAGACACCUACCUUUUCCAUUAAAAAGCCAUAUAUAGUGUACUUAGGAGCACAUUCUCACGGUCCAAACCCAUCAUCUGUUGAUCUCGAUUUUGUCAGAAAUUUUCACUACAAUUUUCUGGGGUCAUUCUUGAGAAGCAAUAAAAGUGCCAAAGAUGUGAUGUUCUACUCCUAUACUAGACACAUUAAUGGUUUUGCUGCAAUUCUUGAAGAGGAAGAAGCUGCUCAGAUUGCUAAGGAUCCAAAUGUGAUAUCAAUCUUCCUAAACAAGGGAAGAAAGCUGCAAACUACCCGGUCAUGGAAUUUUCUUGGAUUAGAGAGAAAUGGACUGAUUCCUUCAGACUCCAUUUGGAGGAAAGCAAGGUUUGGCGAAGAUACAAUAAUUGCAAACAUAGAUACUGGUGUGUUAGGUGUUUGGCCAGAAUCCAAAAGCUUUAGUGAUGAAGGGUUGGGACCUGUCCCUUCCAAGUGGCGUGGAACUUGUCAACAUGAUACAAAGCAAGUUCAUUGCAACAGAAAGCUGAUUGGAACUAGGUACUUUAAUAAUGGUCUUGCCAUGUAUGCCGGCCCUCUCAACUCGUCGUAUUCCACUGUUCGCGACUACGAUGGUCAUGGAUCACAUACCCUAUCCACGGCUGCGGGUGGAUUUGUUCCAGGAGUUAGUGUUUUUGGCAAUGGCAAUGGAACCACCAAGGGUGGCUCUCCUCAAGCCCGUGUUGCUGCAUAUAAGGUAUGCUGGCCACCAUUUGAAGGUGUUGGGUGCUUCGAGGCAGACAUCUUAGCUGCCUUUGAUGCUGCAAUAAGUGACGGUGUCGAUGUAAUCUCUGUGUCUCUUGGUGGAGGAACCGAGGAGUUUUUCAACAAUGCAAUUUCAAUAGGGUCCUUCCAUGCAGUUAAAAAUGGCAUUGUUGUGGUUAGUGCAGCUGGAAACUCUGGACCAAAUCCAGGGACAGUAUUAAACUUGUCGCCAUGGUUAGUAACAGUUGGUGCUAGCACCAUUGAUCGAGAGUUCACAAGCUAUGUUGUCCUCGGAAACAAAAAGCAAUUGAAGGGAGCAAGCCUUUCAGCUAAAGGCUUACCAUUUGAAAUGUUUUACCCGUUGAUCAGUGCUGCAGAUGCGAGAGAUGCUGAUGCAUCCACUGGAGAAGCUGAAAUUUGCAAUGUUGGAGCCCUCGAUCCUAGGAAAGUAAAAGGAAAGAUUUUGGUGUGCGUUCGAGAAUACAACGAUAAUGAAAGAACCGAGAAGAGCCUGCAGGCUGAUAUUGCAGGUGCUGUAGGAAUGAUCUUGGUUAAUGAUAAGCAAAGUGGAAACGAUGUUGUAGCCGAUCCUCAUGUGCUCCUUGUUUCACAUCUCAAUUACACCGACGGCAAACAUGUCUUUGAUUACAUUAAAUCUACCAAAACUCCUGUGGCUUACCUUACUCCAGUAAAGACUGAAUUGGGAACAAAGCCAGCUCCGCAUGUAGCUCCAUUUUCAUCAAGGGGGCCUAAUCUUCUGGAGCAGGCAAUCUUUAAGCCUGAUAUCAUUGCACCAGGGGUGAGUAUAAUUGCUGCUUAUACUGAAGCAACAGGGCCAACUUAUCAAUUAUCUGAUACUCGCCGGGUUUCUUUUAAUGUUCAAACUGGCACUUCAAUGGCGUGCCCUCAUGUAUCCGGAAUUGCAGGGCUUCUGAGGAAACUCCAUCCAGAUUGGAGCCCAGCAGCUAUUAAAUCUGCAAUCAUGACAACUGCUACAACACAAGAUGACAGCAAUGAACCGAUGCUUGACUCGUCUUAUUUGAAGGCAACACCAUUUGCUUAUGGUGCAGGACACAUUCAACCAAACAACGCAAUGGACCCAGGGCUAAUUUAUAACCUAACAACACUUGAUUACUUGAAUUUCUUAUGUGCUCGAGGAUACAAUGAAACAAUGAUCAAAUCAUUCUCCAAUCCACCUUUCAAAUGUCCCAAGUCUUUCAGUCUAGGAGACUUCAACUACCCAGCAAUUGCAAUUCCUAAUCUCGGUGCAGAGUUAGUGACCGUUACUAGAAGAAAAGUUACAAAUGUCGGAUCACCUGGCACGUACAAAGUGUGCGUCAAGGCACCACCAGAAGUAAUGGUUUUGGUUAAACCUAGAAGCUUGAAAUUUGAGAGUAUUGGUGAAGUGAAAAAGUUCAAAGUUAUAUUCAAAGCUAAGGUUAAGGGUAAGCCUCGAGGGUAUGCAUUUGGAGAGUUGAUGUGGUCAGAUGGCAAUCACCAUGUAAAGAGUCCUCUUGCAAUGAAGCACUACUAGAAACAAAUUUUGGCUGUCUUUGAAUGCAACCCUGCAUUUACUGUCAGUUCAUUAUUAUUGGUGUAUGCCUUAGGAGGGAUGAAAACAUCAAGGAGAAAAAAAAAAUUAAAUUUCCUGUUUUAUGAUUCCUGUAUCACAAGAAUGACACAAUUUCUACACUCAUUUGAUGAUGACACCCAUUCAAUCAGAUGCAGCUAGCAUCAGUGUUGAGAUCUACGUUCACAGGUACUAUUCAAUGGGGAUCGUUGGAUAAUUGUCAUGUGGUACAAUUGUUCCAAACAGCUCUUUCUCCUCGGUGUCAUGCUUGUUAGAUUGGGUUUCCAGCAGGUCAUUUGAUAUGGAAACUCGAAAGACAGCUACACGUACAUAAUGUACGUUCAAAAUCAUAUAAUGAUCUCCACCUGUUGUACUAGUAGACAGAUGCAGCAUGCAGAAAAACCAUGCUUUCGUACGUACACCAUCCAUUCACCCAAGAAAGGCUUGUGUAAUGGACAAAGUAUGUUCCCAAGCUCAUGUAGCACCUGAUAGAUGAUAGUCAUGAUACACAAGGAAAUCUCGAGCUACAAGGAAAUUUUUUAUGACUUGUAAAU